AUGGUCCCCCGUACGCGGCGGUCUGAGACCCUCAAGCGUGCUGCUAGCGUUGACCCCGAACCCGCCCGACCGGGCGAUGAGACUCCCCCGGAGUCAAAACGCGUCUAUCCUACCGAUUACUACUUUGGCACACGCGAAGAAUAUUCUGAUUUUUUCACGCAGCUGACAAGAAUGUCAAGCGCGGCCCUUUUCAGAAGAGGUUACCCCGAGCUUAUGCAUGACGAAUUCAAUCAACUGCACAUCUCGCUGAGGAGUUGGACUUGGAGCUUCAGUGUAACCGAGGAAAGCCAUCUCUCUAAAGAUGACAAACAGGCGAUUAUCGCUAGUCUCAAAGGUCAAUGCGUCCAGGAAGACUGGGACAGUAUCAAGGCUCUCUGUCCUCCUGCUGCUCGUAGGUCAUUAUGUGAUGUCCUCCUCGAGGCAAUGCUCUACCAAUUUAUCUUCGUUACGCUCAUCGACUCCCCCUUCUGGUUCAUGGACGGCAAGAUUGAUCCUACUGACGUGGAUGGCGACCCUCAGUUCCAUCGGCGGUUCCAGCAUCUAUACGAGAGGCUCCGGGCAGGGAACGGCUUUGGUGCGGCAUGGCUAAAGUCUGCUGUUAUCUCUGAGUCUAAUGCGCAAAACAUCCAUGGUGGCACGGUUGAAGAGAUGGAAUUGGCCAGGUGCAACUCUGCCCGGCGCAAGGCGUUGGUGAUGCAGUUCAGAGACGAGCUGCUUGGGCGUCGGGUCUUUCAACUCCUUCUCCGCCCUUUGGAGAGUGAGGCAGAAAUAACUCGCCGCAGUAGUGGUCUCCACAGAAUUCUUGAGCAAGCUGUUUACGCGGUCAUCUACACUGAAGGAGGGAUCUACGGCAACUCUGUGAUAUACAGGCUACCCGACCUGUCUGUCUUCAACUACAACUCGGAUAACAUGGUCGGCCAUACCUACCAUGGUACCAGUUCCAACCGCACUCCAGACUGCGCACCUGCUCCAGGGGGUCGAGUUCUCAUCGUCACUCGUCCGGGCCUCACUUACGUCGAUAUAGAAUCGUUUGGUCAGCUCGGCAGGCGUCCUCCUUACCGAUUAUUGCCGGCGAAGGUGGUGGUCGAGGUGAUCAAGAAGAAGCAGGCCAGUACCAAAUCCAGGCCCAAGACCAAGACCAAGACCACCUCCAGAAACAAGUCUACAAAGCCUUCCGGGCCUGAUCUCCAGUCCAACUCCAUGCCCGAAACUUCCAAGUCCGCGUCUACGUCUCAAGCCGCCAGCGCGCCCGAAGUUGAGGACAACACCACACCCAGCGAGAAAAAUGAACCCCUUGGGAAGUUAAUCCCACCGUUAAGGAAGAGCUUUUGGCGGGAAUGA